AUCAAAAAAAUUUCUAAUAAUAUUUUUUUAAUUAUAUUAAUUUUUGGAACUUUAGUGACAAUUUCCUCAAAUUCUUGAUUGGGAGCUUGAAUAGGUUUAGAAAUUAAUUUAUUAUCAUUUAUCCCCCUAAUAAAUGAUAAUAAAAAAAAUUUAUUAACCUCAGAAAGAUCACUAAAAUAUUUUUUAACUCAAGCAUUUGCUUCUUCAAUUUUAUUAUUUGCAAUUAUUAUAUUAAUAUUUUUAUAUAACAAUAAUUUAUCUUUAUAUAAUUCAUUUAAUGAAAUUUUAAUUUUAUCUACACUAUUACUAAAAAGAGGUGCAGCCCCUUUUCAUUUUUGAUUUCCAGAAGUUAUAGAAGGAUUAUCUUGAGUUAAUGGAUUAAUUUUAAUAACAUGACAAAAAAUUGCUCCAUUAAUAUUAAUUUCUUAUAAUUUUAUUUACAAUUUUUUUAUAAUUUCUAUUAUUUUAUCUAUAUUAAUUGGAUCUUUAGGAGGAUUGAAUCAAACUUCAAUUCGAAAAUUAAUAGCUUUUUCAUCAAUUAAUCAUUUAGGAUGAAUAUUAUUAGCAAUAAUAAAUAAUGAAAUAUUAUGAAUAACAUAUUUUUUAAUAUACUCAUUAUUAUCUUUUUCAAUUGUUUUAAUAUUCAAUAAUUUUAAAUUAUUUUAUUUUAAUCAAAUUUUUAAUUUAUCAAUAAUAAAUCCUAUUAUUAAAUUAUUAAUUUUUUUAAAUUUGUUAUCAUUAGGAGGAUUACCUCCAUUUUUAGGAUUUUUACCAAAAUGACUUGUUAUUCAAAAUUUAACAGCAAUAAACCAAUUAUUUAUUUUAACAAUUAGAGUAUGUUUAACUUUAAUUACAUUAUAUUUUUAUCUUCGAUUAUCUUAUAGAAUUUUUAUAUUAAAUUAUCAAAAAAACUCAUGAAUAUUAAAAAAUAAUUUUAAUAAUAAAAUAUCAUCUAUUAGAUUAAUUUUUAAUUUUAUUUCAAUUGGGGGAUUAGUAAUAAUUUCAAUAAUUUAUAUUAUUAUAUAA